AUGAACCCGCAAGGGCGGGGAGCCGCCGCGGCGGCGGCGGCGGGAGCCCGGUCGGCGGCGGCUGGCAGGGCGGCAGCUUUUGGCGGCGAUACGGGCGGCCGCCGCCUGGGGCUGGAGGGGGAAGUGAGAAAAGUUGUGUAUUUUCGCGCUAGGCAGGUCUCCUUCGCUGGCACCAAGGCGCUGGGCGACGCCCUCAAGCUCUUCAUGCCCAAGUCCACUGAGUUUAUGAGCUCCGACUCGGAGCUGUGGAACUUCCUCUGCAGCCUCAAGCACGAGUUCUCCCCGGUCAUCCUCCGCAGCAAGGACGUCUACGGAUACUCCUCUGCCGGCUGUCGUCGCCACGACCCGCCACUCGCCCUCGGGAGCGGCAACCCGCCGCCGCGCGGCAAGCGGCGCCUCGCCGGCCGCCGACGCAAGCGCCGGGCCGGGGCGGGCGGGGCAAGCGCAAGCGGCGGGAGGCGGCGGCGGCGGCGCAGAAGGGAGCGGGCUAGGCCAGCGGGCUCGGCCGUCGUGGCCCCACCCCCGGCAGGCGGGGCAGGAGGAGGAAGGCGGCGGCGGGAGGCGCCGGAGCCGCCGGGCGGCAAAGGCGGACAGAGAGCGGGCAAGCCCCGGCGGCGGCCGCCUGGAUAAGCCGGCUUCGGCGGUAGAUCGCUGGAGGAGAUUUUGGAAGGCGGCACCCCCCGCCUCACCACGUUCCCAAGCACCAUGCGCGUGUGCGGGGCAGCGGUGGUGGACCGGCGGAGCUGGCGGGGCGCGGCGGCGGGCGGCAAAGCGAAUCCUCUGCGUGGCACCUGUCCCCCGAUGGUGCGGGUGGCGCCGCCUUUCCCCGUGGCGCCGUCCUGA